GUGUACAAGUGCCAGAGUCCUCCAUCCAUUCUGAGGGACACAGACAACAUCAAAGGGCAUCAUGAGUGUGGAAAAGAAGACGGCACGAGAGCCAUGCUGCUCCAAAUUAAAGAUGUUUUUGGCUGCCAUGUGUUUUGUUUGCUUUGCCAAAGCAUUUCAGGGCAGCUACAUGAAGAGCUCUGUCACACAGAUUGAGAGGCGUUUUGACAUUCCCAGCUCGCUGAUUGGAUUCAUUGAUGGAAGUUUUGAAAUGGGCAAUCUGCUUGUAAUAGCUUUUGUGAGUUACUUUGGCGCUAAGCUUCAUAGACCACGACUCAUAGCAGCUGGGUGUUUAAUCAUGGCCAUAGGUUCCUUCAUAACUGCGGCACCACGUUUCUUCCAAGGACCGUACAAAUAUGAGACAACAAUUUCACAUUUCUCUGACUCUAAUGGUACAGAGAGUUUUCUACCAUGCUUAACUAAUGGGAGACUUGCACAAGAUGAUGAAAUUCCCACAGUGGAAACUCAAGCAGAAUGUGAGAAAGCAGCCAGUUCCUCCUUGUGGCUCUAUGUCUUUCUUGGGAACAUGCUUCGAGGGGUAGGAGAGACACCCGUCAUGCCUCUUGGGUUAUCUUAUCUGGAUGAUUUUUCGAGGGAGGGAAACACUGCUUUUUACAUAGCUCUCACACAGACUGUGACAAUGAUAGGGCCCAUAUUUGGAUUCAUGUUAGGAUCCUUCUGUGCCAAGCUCUAUGUGGACAUAGGAGCAGUGGACUUAGAUACCAUAACCAUCAACCACAAAGACUCACGUUGGGUUGGUGCCUGGUGGCUGGGCUUUUUGUUAACUGGUGGAGUGAUGUUACUGGCUGGAAUUCCCUUUUGGUUCCUUCCCAAAUCUCUUCCUAAGGAGGGUGAGACUGAAACUGAGAAAAAAUCGAAUGUUCUAGAGGGUGAGCAGGACAGUUUCAUUCCUGAAAACAACAAACACAGUACUGCUUCCAACAAACCAGCCCUGGUUUCCAUGGCAGCUCUGGCUAAAGAUUUUCUACCAUCACUGAAAAAACUCUUUACCAACUCAGUUUACAUGAUCUUCAUUACCACCGCUAUCACACAAAUCAAUGGUUUCAUGGGAAUGAUCACAUUUCAGCCAAAGUACAUGGAACAAAUUUACGGCCAGUCAGCAUCAAGAGCCAUAUUUUUGAUAGGCAUUUUAAAUUUACCAGCUAUGACUUUGGGAAUCAUCACUGGGGGGGUUGUAAUGAAGAAGUUCAAACUGAAUAUUCUUGGAGCAGCCAAGUUCUGCAUUGCAGCAUCUGUUCUGUCUUUCUCUUCAAUGCUUGUUCAGUAUUUCCUGCAGUGUGACAACUUACAUGUGGCUGGACUUACAGUGUCAUACCAAGGGGCUCCAGAUGUGUCCUACGAGCAGAAUACACUAAUUUCUCAAUGUAACGUGGGUUGCUCCUGCUCUCUUAAGCACUGGGAUCCCAUAUGUGCCAGCAAUGACUUAACCUAUGCCUCACCCUGCCUUGCUGGCUGCCAAACCUCCACUGGGGUUGGCAAGGAGAUGGUAUUCCACAACUGCACCUGCAUUGGAGAGUCACUUCUCCUACAUGCAAAUAUGUCAGCAGUGCUGGGCCAAUGCCCUCGUAAGAGUGAUUGUGACUACAUGUUUAAGUUCUACAUGGUGGUUACAGUCGCUGUUUCAUUUUUCUCAGCUUGUGGAGCUACACCAGGUUACAUCAUUAUGCUCAGAUCUGUAAAUCCAGAAAUAAAGUCUUUGGCUAUUGGUAUGCAUACUUUGCUUUUGCGGACUUUGGGUGUCAUUCCCCCUACAAUUUAUUUUGGAGCCUUGAUUGACAGGACUUGUCUGAAAUGGGGCACAAAACAGUGUGGAGGGAGAGGAGCAUGUCGUAUCUAUGAUUCCAUUGCCUUCAGAAAUUGUUUCUUGGGGCUUAUUUAUGGUCUGUAUGCUGCAUCCUUUGUGCUGUGUGGAGUCCUGUACAAUAGACUGUCUCAUCGUGAAAAGAAGCAAGCGCUGAAGGCCCAAUUAAAAGAACCAGAACAGGACGGCAAUGGUGUUUCUACUGCCAAUAGGAAUAGAACUUCAGCUAUCAUAAAAUGUGAUGAAAAUCCAGACCAGGAGACCACUAUCUGAAGUUACGCUUCCAAAGUCAAAUGUGUGUACUGUACCAAAAUGUGUUUUGAAAAUGUAACUACCACAUCUAUGUGAAAUGUAAAUGUUUUGUCUGUGAAAUCUGUUCAUUGAUUAGAUGCUGUUUGUGUUCUAUUUUUCAUACAUUUGAAAUUGACUUCAAAUUUGAAAGCAGUGGUAGCCAGGUCUAAAUCUACAUCAAACUGUUCAUUUGAUUCUCUUACAUCUUUCAAUGAUCUGUUAAUCAACCUGGUGAUGGAGCACUUCCAAAACAACACCCAAGGACAGUUACAUGACAUUUAAGUCAUUUAACUUUUAAUGGGAAGUAAUUGACACAUUAGAGUCCGUAUUGUUCAUGGUACAUGUGAUAACCUUAGAUACUCUUGUUCCAUUUUACCUGGUGGGCAGUCUUGCAAAUGAAGAAACGGUGUAGUCGAAGAUGAUAACUGCUGUGACUGCAUAUGACUGGGUUGUAUAAGACCCUCUAAAACCCUACUGCAAAUCUGUGCUCACCAGUGUUCCAUGUGUCCCACCACCUUCGAUUCCACCUCCCUGCAAUCCUACAAUAUGUGACUACCUUCACCAUGAGUAAGACACUGUUGGAUAUUUUUAAGUGCACUUUUAAGGUCAGUAACUGUAAGCAUUGGGUUUUAAGUUUGAGUCCUAGAUUCUGCUGCCUAUGGAGCAAACAGCCACAUUCCCUAUGUCAGCACACAAAGGGAGAGGUGGCACUUCAGUUCCCAAAUUUGUGCUGUGCCAGAGGAAACUGGACAACUUCUUCCGUUUAUUGGCAGCACAAAUUAUAAUAAAAAUAUAUUUAAUUUCUUUUUAUCUAGGUUCUAUAUUUCAACUACUACAUACUGCUCCUUUGUUUUCCCAAUUCCUAAUUUCCUAAACAAAAUACUAAAUUUGUAUUUUUUCCUCUCUCUUCUUUUCACUGUAGAAUAUCCCUUCAAAAAAUAUCAAGAUUGGUGAUCAAACAAUUUUUCCUUUCCAGUGAUAUUUUGUUGUAAACUGGACUGUAUCCUCGUUAUCAACAUGGUACAGUCCAGAGGGAUCUUGUACUCUGUUUCAUUCAGUUUGUUUAUUUGUUAAAACUGUUUUUUUUUAUUAUGUAUUAUGUUAGUUUUUAUAAUGUGUACAUUUUGUUUUAUUAUUAUUGUUAGGGGUUUACUUGGUAAAGUAUUAUUUAAUUAUGUACUUCUGUUUUUGAUUUCGUAGAGGCUACUAGUGGUUGUUGGUGCUGUUUGGCCAUUUUAACCACCUGGGCUGAAGUAAUAAACUUUUGUUUAAUUUGUC